GUUGUUCCCUGGGCAGCUGCCGCCGGAGCCGCGUCGCAGGCGCAAGGGCGUCAGGCGCAAGAGUGGCGGGCGCAAGGGGGGCCACCGCCGGAAGCAAUCGAAGCACUGGCAGCCGCGAGCCAGGACAGCACGGCGGCGGCGCCAGAAGCGGGGCCGAUUCCUUAUGAGCAUGGGCCACUGGCGGCACAUGUCAGGCCUGGAACGACUCCAGCCAAACCGCCCACAGCUUGCGCCAGCCCUGCAGGCGUACGUCGGCGGCAUCCCCACGGCGGCGACCGCGUCGGCGGCCCGGUUUGAAGAGCGCCUGCGCUACCUCUUCGCCAGUGGGGCAGCAGGGCAGGCGGCGGGGCAGGCGGCGGGGCAGGAGGCGGGGCAGGUGGAGGCGGCGGGGCCGGCAGAGGCGGGGCCCCCGGGCGCAGUGCACGUGCUGUGGCACUACCACUUCUCCGCCUUCCGCCGAAAGCGCUGGGCUGCGUUCAUCCAGCGCGACCGCGCGCUCCACCGCGUCGCCAAGCAGCUCACAGGCGGCAGGCCCAAGGAGGAGGUGGUGGUGGGGUGGGGUUCGUGGGCCUUCCAGGGAGGGAAGGGCGGCUCCCCCAUCUCCGUCAGGGGCGGGCGCGCGCCGACGGGGCGGCUCAUCAAGCUGCUCCGUGAGCGCUACGCCAAGCAUGUGUUCAUCAUCGAUGAAUACAAGACCUCCAAGACAUGCUACAACUGCGGGUGUCAGGAGAUGGCCAUCAAGCGGCUUGGGGGGCUGAAGGAGGGGCAGCGGCCCUGGUCGGUCAAAGUCUGCAACGACUGCUUGACGACCUGGAACCGCGACGUCUCCGCCGCCAACGUGAUCCGUGUGCUCCUCCUGCUGAAGCUGAUGGGCUUCGAGCGGCCGACCAAGCUGCAGCGGCCGCCAUGGCCGCCGGCGGCGGCGGGGCCGGGCUGAGAGCCUGAACGGCGCUAGCAGGGCGUGGGGCUGAGGGUGCACGUGUUGAUUGGCGGCGAGUGACGUGACUAGUUUGUUAGCUGCGGGUUAGCACGGACUGUGCACCCCACCCAACCGGCCACGUCCGGAUUUGCGGGGAUGCCAAAGGCCCCCAACAUAGAGGCGUGUGCUUAGUAGGCGCCCGCGUCAAGGUGGCUGGGUUGAUAACGACCCGGGAUCAGCCCUUUUCCUG